AUGUCCCGAUUUGUACCAGCUGGGACCGAUGCCGACGCACCUGACGAUGCUUGGGUGAAAGCGCAGCAACAAGUCGAGUCAUCGAGGAGGCUCAAGAAGGUCGACGGGGGAACGCAAGAAGGGGGCAAGAGUCUUUAUGAGGUACUGCAGUCAAACAAGGCUGCUAAACAGGAGGCUUUUGAGGAGUCCAUUCGGCUCAAAAAUCAGUUCCGUGCCCUUGAUGAUGAUGAAGUGGAGUUUCUCGACUCUGUGCUCGAAUCAAGUCGAGCAAAGGAGAACGCCGUCAAGCAAGAGACGGCCGAACAACUCGAGGUCUUUCGCAAACAACGUGCCGCCGCCGAACAAGCGCUAAUGGGGGUAAACGAAGCCGGGACACCUGGAGACCCUGCAGACAAAGAAUCGUGGGCCGUCAAAAAGAAGAAAAGACGUCGAGAAAAGGACAAUGAGUCUGAGGUUGAUUCCAAGCUGAGGAAGGUGUCAACUACUGCUGAUACUGCCACUCCAGCUGCCGCUGAUGAAGAUCAACAAGAUGCAGCCGCAGAGGGCGCUUCACCAGUCAAUAAACUAGGCAUCGACGACGAGGUUGAGCCUUCUAAGGCGGCUACGCGUCCACAACCAGCUGUUGGACUUAGUCUGGUCGCCUACAGUUCUGAUGAAGAUGAGUAA